AUGGCAGCCCAAAGGGCGUGGCUGCUCCUACUGCUCAGCUGCACAGCCAGCACUCAAGUCCUGGGGGACGUCAUCUUUCUGCACGACUGUCCUACUGGGUGGUUUUACCACAAACUCAGUUGCUACGGAUACUUCCAGAAGCUGAGGAACUGGUCUGACGCUGAGCUCGAGUGCCAGUCCUUUGGAAACGGAGCCCACCUGGCGUCUAUACAGGACUCAACGGAAGCCGAAGUCAUAGCAGGAUACAUACGAGGCUACCAAAGAAACCUGUCGGUGUGGAUCGGCCUGCAUGACCCACAGAAGAAUCAGCAGUGGCAGUGGGCAGACGGCACCUCAUUGUCGUACAAAACCUGGUCUGGCAAGUCCGUGGGCGCGAGCAAGCACUGCGCCGAAAUAAGCUCCAGAGACGAUUUCUUAACUUGGGAAGGCAAUGAAUGCAACAAGCACCAACACUUCCUGUGCAAGUAUCAACCCACGUAUCAACCGUAG